GAUAAAAGUCAGUGGUGCUAUAAUACUAAGCAGAAAGCCACCAGAUUACUGUGAGGGAAGGAGAUGCCUCUUCCUCCCCUUCAGUAGUGGGUUGAGCCCAGCUGGCACCCUCUGGAGCUAAGGGAACAAUAUUCUUCAAGAGAAGCCAACUCCACCAAAGCCAGGAGCAGAGAAUUCUCAAGAUCUCAGCGAGGAGGGGCAGAGCAAGAUUACCUCUGAUUUCUUACAACCAUCUGUAAUUCCAGACUCUCGACCCCCCAUUCAGGACCCUACCCUUCCAGAAACAGAUCAUCGUAGUAACAAUUCACCUUCCUCUUCCACACACCAGCUCAGCAUGUUUAAUUACGAACGUCCAAAACACUUCAUCCAAUCCCAAAACCCAUGUGGCUCCAGACUGCAGCCUCCUGGACCAGAUGCUUCCAGCUUCUCUAGUCAGACCAAACAGUCUUCCCUUGUCAUCCAGCCCCGCCGUUGCACAGAGCAAAAAUUUUCUGCAUCUUCAACAGUGACCUCUCACAUCACCAUGUCCUCCUCUGCUUACCCAGCUUCCCAGCCUGCUGGCUCCAACCCAGCGCAAAGGGUUACAGCCCCCUACAAUCAGUCCCCAGCCAGCUUCCUCAGCUCUAUAUUACCAUCCCAGCCUGAUUACAAUGGCAGUAAAAUCCCUUCCACCGUGGACUCCAACUAUCAACAGGCCUCAGUUGGCCAACCUGCAAAUGCUAUGCCAUCCCAAACUGCAAAUGCUAAGCCCACACCAAGGACUCCUGACCAUGAGAUACAAGGGUCAAAAGAAGCUUUGAUUCAAGAUUUGGAGAGAAAGCUGAAAUCCAAGGAUAGCCUUCUUCAUAAUGGAAAUCAACGGCUAACGUACGAGGAGAAGAUGGCCCGCAGAUUGCUAGGACCACAGAAUGCAGCUGCUGUGUUUCACGCUCAGAAUGAUGAGCAAGACUCGCCACAGCACAACUCAGAACAUGCUCGGCUGCAAGUUCCUACAUCACAAGUAAGAAGUCGAUCAUCCUCAAGAGGAGAUGUGAAUGAUCAAGAUGCAAUCCAAGAGAAAUUUUACCCACCACGGUUCAUUCAAGUGCCAGAAAACAUGUCAAUUGAAGAAGGAAGAUUCUGCAGAAUGGAUUUCAAAGUGAGUGGACUGCCGGCUCCUGAUGUGUCAUGGUACCUAAAUGGAAGACCAGUUCAAUCAGAUGAAUUGCACAAAAUGAUCGUGUCUGAGAAGGGUUUUCACUCUCUCAUCUUUGAAGUGGUCAGAGCUUCAGAUGCAGGGGCAUAUGCCUGUGUUGCCAAGAACAGAGCAGGAGAAGCCACCUUCACCGUGCAGCUGGAUGUCCUUGCAAAAGAACACAAAAGAGCACCAAUGUUUAUCUUCAAACCACAGAGCAAAAAAGUUUUUGAGGGAGAGUCCGUGAAACUGGAAUGUCAGAUCUCAGCCAUCCCUCCACCAAAGCUUUUCUGGAAAAGGAAUAAUGAAAUGGUACAAUUCAACACUGACCGAAUAAGCUUGUAUCACGAUAACACUGGAAGAGUCACAUUACUGAUAAAAGAUGUAAACAAGAAAGAUGCCGGGUGGUAUACAGUGUCUGCAGUUAAUGAGGCAGGAGUGACCACAUGUAACACAAGAUUGGAUGUCACAGCCCGUCCAAACCAGACUGUCCCAGCUCCUAAGCAGCUGCGAGUUCGACCAACUUUCAGCAAAUAUUUAGCGCUUAAUGGGAGAGGUUUGGAUGUGAAACAAGCCUUUAACCCAGAAGGAGAAUUUCAGCGCCUGGCAGCUCAAUCUGGACUCUACGAAAGUGAAGAACUUUAAUAACUCGAACCACAUUGGAAAAACACAACUACACUAUUAGCGAUAUAUUUGACGAUGUUUUUGAAAUAAAUCUAUAGCUGUAUUAACAGAUUAUGGCUUUAAUUAGAUAAUAUAACUAAUAUACAUUUAUAAUAUUACUUAUCCUCUGACUCUUACACAUUCUAUUUCCUUGAUUUGUGAAGCCCACAGUAAACUGGGUGUAUGGAUUUGUAUUGUAGAAGACUAUCUUAAAAUGUGGGAUCUUGACAUUUAAAUGACACACAUUUAACAAUGACAGGUUAUGAAUUAAUAACAUUUUAAACACAUCUAAUGCUUGCCGUAAGAUUUACUGGUACUGCUUAAUACAUGUGGCUUUCCCUGUGUUCUCUUGUAGGAAUACUAACAUGGUAUAGAUUUCUGAGUGCUCCAUAGUUUUAUGUCAAAAGAGAAUAAAAUUCAAACAGUUAAAACAGACUGUCUGCUCUUCACAAAAGUCUAGAUAUUUAUAGUUAAAACUCUGGUUUUAUGUAGUAAGCAACACUCAGCAAAACUGAUGAAUAAUCAGUUCCAAAAGGGCAACAAUACUGUGUCCUGGAGCAGUGGGAAGCUAUAGCUCCUCAGUUCCUCCUGAAACUGACAUUCCAUGGUUUAUACUUCAAGGGCAACCACAGGAACUUUUGACACAGUCUCUCCUGAAUUUGUGAUUUUGUGCUAGACAAAUAGGUCUCUAAUUCUUCAAGAUCUUUGAGUCCAUUGAGUUCAAUGGCAUAAGAACACUCUAU